AUGGAAAGUUAUUCAACAUAUGAAUUUAAAGAUAAUUUAAUAAUAAAAAUUAUAAGAACUAAUGAUGUUAAAAAGAGAUUUUACAGUUAUACAGAAUAUAUUUUGGAGUUUAAGGUUCUGAACAGUCAGAAAGUUCUGAAGAAAAGAUAUUCUGAUUUUGUUACCUUUUAUGAUUUAUUAAAAAAUGAGUUACUCACAAAAUUCAGCGAAUCCUUAGAAAAAAUUAGUGUUCUUCCCUCCAAAAAAAUAUUCGGAAGGUUCAACUACAAUUUUAUAGAAGAACGUAGACAACAACUGGAAUCCUUUCUGAUGAAUAUAACAAGAUAUAAAAAUGUAUAUCUAUGUGACAACUUCUAUGAAUUUUUGUGCUUAGAUAAUAUAACAAAAUAUUUAUACAAGUUAAUGUGCACGAGGUUGGAAGAUAUUAGUAAUAUUCAGAAAUUACUAAAAAAGAUUAAUUAUAUUUUAUUCAUGUCACGAAAUAAUACAUUGAAAAGUGCAGAAUGUGAUAUUAUAAAUUAUUUAUAUUAUUUAAGAGAGAAUAUAAAAUUAAAUAAUGAGAUAAAAUUUUUUAUAUUAAAUAUAUUUCUUCAUCAUUUAACAUAUACUAAAACAUCAGAGAAUUUAUUGAAUGUUACUUUGAUGAGAUUUUCCUUUGAUAUUAUUUAUGAAAAUUUAUUAAGUAAUAGUAUAAAUGAGGUUUUAUUAAAAACAUCUUCUGAAACGAUAUUAAGAAUUGUUGAUAAAAGAAGUGAUGUAUUUUUAGAUUAUUUAAAAAUUUAUAACUUUAAACAAAUAUGUACAAUAUUUAAUAUUAUAAAUAGAAAAAAAGAAAAACAAGAUAAUAAAAAAAUUGAUAAUAUAGUAUUUAAUAUAUAUAUAUUAAUAUCUUUAUUAUUAUUAUCUUCUAUCCAUAUUAAAGAUAUUCAAAAUUUUUUUAUUAUAAAAAAUAAUAAUAAUAAAGGUAUACGUAUAUUAGGAUAUAUGUAUGAAAGUCAGAAUAUUAAUAUACAAAUUAUUUGUUGUAUUAUUUUGUCUUUACUUAUAAUUAAUAAAACUAUUAAAGAUGAAGAUGUUAUUUAUAAGACAAAAAUGUCUAUUUUAUUAAUUCAAAAUGAUAUACAAAAUAUAAAAAGUGUGGAUUAUCAAUUAAUAGAAAUAAUUUGUAGUAAAAAAAAUAUAAACCUCUUAAAUUCUAUUCUAGAUUUAUUAUUAAAAGAUAAAAUAUUAAAAUAUGAUUUAACCUUAAAUGAUAUUGACCAUUAUGAAAAAUAUACUAUGUAUGAUAAUCCCUUUGAAAAAGAUUUAUUUUAUGAACAGAAAAUUAAAUAUGCAGAUUUUUCAAAUAAUGAUAUUAUUUUACAGUUUAUACUUUUUAUCAUCAACAUUGGUGUGACUGAAUUUUUCUUACUUAAAAAAAAUUAUAAAUUUCUUAUGAAAAAAAAAAAAUUAAAAAUCAAACUAAAAAAAAAAGAGUUAUCUGAAAAAAUAAAGCUAAGAAAAUUUAAUAGAAAAACCAAGCAGGCCCAAUUUAUGUUAACCGAUAAGGCGCAGGAUUAUAAUAUGAGCGCACAAAGUAGAAAUAAAAAUAUAAGGGGCAACGAAAAUAACAAUAAACAGAACAAGACUCAAUCAAAAAAAAGAGCAGAAUAUAUGUAUAUGUCCAAGUAUUGUGAUUCACCUAUGAACGAUGAUGACGACGAUAAUGAUGAUUAUAAUGAAGGAUAUAGGGACUGUUUAGAGUCUGAAAGGAAUAAAAGUAGAAAGAAGCAACUAUAUGAAAAUUAUGAUGAUGAUGAUGAUGAUGAUGAAGAUGAAGAUGAUGAUGAAGAUGAUAAUGAUGAUUAUGAAGAUAACGAUGAUGAUGAAGAUGAUAAUGAUGAUUAUGAAGAUAACGAUGAUGAUUAUGAUGACGAUAACGAUGAUGAUGAUGAUUAUGAUGACGACGAUGAUGAUAAUUCCUAUUAUGAUACCCCUUAUGGUAAUAAUAAUAAUUUUAAUGUUCGUUUGAAUGGACACAUGAACAGAAAGUUAAAUAAAAGAAUUCCUAAUAAAAAAAAUAAGCGUAUGAAUAAAAAAGGAAAGAAAAAAAAGAAAAAUAUAGAACCUUGUAACGUUUCAGCAACGAGUUCUUGUAUUUCAUCUUUGUAUUCAUUUUCAAGUGAUUAUGAUAGUGCAACAAAUAAUAAUAACAAUAAUAAUGAUGCUGAUAAUGAUUAUAAUAAGAAGAAGAAAAAAAAAAAUGUUUCAAAUUUAAACAUGCAUGUUGUAAAGAAUAUAUCGUAUGAUGACGAUUUUAGUGUGCAUUCAGGGAGUAUAAAAAAUGAUCUUUUAUUUUUAGAAGGAGAAGGAAGUGACAAUGAUGAGGUUGAUGAUGAUAUUGAUGAUAAUGAUUAUAAUGACAAUAAUGACAAUAAUGAUGACAAUGAAAAUAAUGAUGGCAAUGACAAUAAUAAUAAUAAAAAUAAUAAUACAAAUAAGAGUACAAAUAAGAACCUUUCUAGUUCUUCAAAAUAUAACAAAAAGAAUGUAACACCAUCUGAGUUGAGAGAAGAAAUAAAAAUGUUGAAAGAUAACAGAAAAAAGUUUGUGCGUAGGAUAAGAAGAAUAAAUGAACAGAUAUUAUUAAUAUUAUGUAACGAAAGGAUGAUACAUAAUAUAUAUAAGUGUGCUAAUUUAAAUAAUUAUAAAAUUAAAUUUUAUGCUUCUAUAAUAUUAUCAUAUAUACCAAAUAUAAAUGAAAUGUUAUCUAGUUUUUCUAAUCAAGAUUAUUUAAAUAAUAAUAAUAAUAACAAUAAUAAUAAUAAUAAUAAUAACAACAACAACAACAACAACAAUAAUAAUAAUAAUAAUAAUAAUAACAAUGUGUAUCAUAAAACGCUUAGCAGCAACAUAAACAAUGUAGAUAAUAUGAACCAUGCAGAUUAUAUAAAGAAUGAUAAUUCAAAAGAUUUUGUAGAUGCUGAAAAAGAAAAAAAUAAUUUACAAUAUUUAUCUUAUGGUCCAAUUGAAAAUAUAACAAAAUCAUCUUUUGCUUCUGAUAGUCUUGCUAUUAGAAAGAAUAGUAAGAUUUUCAUAUGUAGUGUUGAAGGAGAUUAUUAUAAUUAUAUUUAUAAGUUUAAUAUUUUUAAUGUAUUAUUAUUUUAUUUAUUCAAUGAAACAUGUUUUUAUGAGCAUAUACUUGUGCAUUUAAAAAAAUAUAUUGAAGAACAGAGUUCUCUUAUGAAUUUAAAACAUUUUAAAAUAAAAAAAAAUGAAUUUGUAAAUACAUUCCUUUUUAAUAAUAUUGGCAAAAAUAUGCAAAAGAAAAAUAAAGGAAAGCAAAGAAAAAAGAAUAGGAAUAAAAGAACUUAUAAAAAAGAAAGUUUUCUAAGUACAGCAGAUGAUAAGAUGAAUACAACACCGAAUGGGCCCAUGUCAUAUGGAUAUAAAAACAAUUAUAGUAAUAAUUCAUAUUAUAAUGAUAGUAGUCAUAUUAAUUAUAUGAGCAAGAAGAAUAAUGUUCGCACGGGCGAAUGUGUUAUAAAAAAUAAUAAAGCUGGAUAUGAUAAAAAUAAUGAGAAUAAAGAUAAUAUAAAAGAUAAUAUAAAAGAUAAUAUAAAAGAUAAUUCGUUAGAUAUGGAACAUGCCCUUGUGGAAUACACUCCAAAUGAUGAUAGUUUGUUGGAAGGGGAUCAUGUAAAUAAUGACAAUUUUGAUAAUAUGAAAAUGAAUAUGAAUAAUAUGAAUAAUAUGAAUAAUAUGAAUAAUAUGAAUAGUGUGAAUAAUUUAAAUAGUGUGAACAAUUUGAAUAAUGUUAAUUAUAACAAUGAACAAAUAGUUUUAUAUAGUGAAUCAAAAAUUUAUGACCAUAUGCAUCACGUUUUUAAUUACAUUUCGAAUAUAAGAAAAUUUGGACUUUUAAAUAAUUAUAUUGUUGAAUUAUAUAUGAGUAUUCGAAAGAAAUUAAUGAUGAUUGAUAUGUAUUUUCUUUUUGAUAUAAUAGAAAAGAAAGUUUAUGAGAAGAAUGAAAUGAAAGAAAGGAUCAAUAACUUAAAGAAAGAAUAUGAAUGUGUUAAUAUAACAUAUAAUGAUUAUAUAAACUUACAAUAUGAAUGUAAUAAAUUUAUAAGUAUAAUAGAUAAGUUAUAUGAAGAAUUAGAUGAUAUUGAAAAAAGAAGAAAAAAAAUAUUAAGAAGUCAUAAAAUAGUACAUGUUAAUGUUUGUAAUUAUAGAAAGAAAUUAAUACAUAUAGAAAAAAUGAUAGAAGAAGCUCCUACUAUGAAAAAAUGUAUAAAUGAUGAAUUAUAUAAAAUAAAAAUAAAUGUAGGUUUAUAUAAAAAGGAUAGAAAAAAAUUAUCUUUUUUUAUAUUGUUACAUAAAUUUUAUUUAGAUAAUUAUAAUAUUAUUUUAAAUAAAUUAAAAAAUAUGAAUAAUUUAAUAGAAAAUAUAGAAUUAUUAUCUUCUACUGAUUAUGAAAAAAAUAAAAAUUUAAUAUUUAAAGAAUUCUCUUAUCUAUUAUGUAAUGAUAUUGUAUUAAUAGAGUUAUUAAAAAAAAAAUGUAAAAUUGAAGUUGCAAAAAAUAAAAAUUAUUCUUUAUUAUUAUCAAGGGAGAAAAAAAUGGAUACCUUUAAUUAUAAUAUAUGUAAUGAAAAUAAGUUAGUAAUAAUAAAUAAAGACAAUAAUAUGAAUGACCGAAGGACGAUGGAUUUGUUUAAAGGAAAGGAUGACUUGCUUGAUAAAUAUUCUUAUUAUUUGAAUAAUGAUAAUGUAUUCAAUAUGGGCCACAUGAGGGAAUCCCAAUAUAAUAAUUCUUUCGAUUAUGUGGAGAAUAUGAGAAAUAUGGAGAAUAUGAAAAAUAUGAGAAAUGUGAAAAAUAUGAAAAAUAUGAAAAAUAUGAAUAAUAUGAAAAAUAUAUAUAAUAUGCAUAAUAUGGAUAGUAUAUAUAAUAUGAAUAAUAUAUAUAAUGAUAAUAACUUAUAUGGUAUGUCUAACAAGUCAUACAAGAACAUGCAAAAUACCUUUAAUGACAACAGCAGUGACAGUGAUGAUGUUUUAAUUAAUAAACUACAAAAAAAGGAACAAGGUCAUAUGAAAAAUAUGUUAAAUCAUAAGAAUGAUUAUUAUAAUAAUAGAGGGCAAACAAAUUCAAUAUAUAAUUUUGAUACAACUCUUGAAGAUUUUAAUAAUAAUAAUAAUAUUAAAGAUAAUAAAGUUAUUUUAUCAGUAGAUGAAAUCGGUAUUGAAAAAAAUGUAAAGAUGAAUGAGAAAAGAGAACCUACUAAUAAUAAUUAUGAUGAUGAUGAUGAUGACAAUUAUAAAACAACUAGUUAUUAUAAUAAAAAUUAUAAAGAUGAUAUCUACAAUGAAUAUAAUGAAAAAGAUAAAAUGAUGAUGUUACCUUACGAUGAUCAAAAUGAAGAUCUAGCACAUAUCGCACUCGAUGAAGAACAAAUAGAUGAGGAACAUGAAAUGGAUGAGGACGUAUUAGAAGAGGAUGCUUUGAACACCGAAUUUGUUUCAAGUGAUGAAGAUAAUAUAGAUUUAAAAAAGCGAAUUGAUGAAUUUAAUAAUUAUAAAAAUGAAGAUAUAAAAGGUUUAUUACCAGAAGAUAUAAAAGUAGAUGAUACCCUCACUAAAAAAAGAUUUAUAGAAAUAUUAGAUAUUAUUAAAAAUAGAAAAAAACAAAUCGAAAAAAUGACAACACAUAAAAAUAGUGAGAUAUAUAAAAAUAUACAUAAAUAUAAUACAUUAUUAAAUAAAUGUAAUAUGCAAAUUAAUUUCAAUCAAAAGAGAUAUGCCAAGUUGAGGAAGCAAAUGGGUUCUAUAAAUACAAGUACGAUGAUAAAGAAGUCGGAGGCCAUAUACAAAACGAUCAGAGAGUGGGACGAUAAAAUCAACUUACUGAACGACGAUAUAAAAGUUGUUGAGAACGAGAAGAAAGAAAAAGAAAAAGAAAUCGCUAUGCAAAAAAAAAAACUCGAUAAAAAAGAAAAAGAAAAAAAUCAAAAAAAAGAAGAAUUACGAUUAUUAGUUACAGAAAUGUAUAAACAUAAUAAUAAAAUCAAAAAAAAAUAUAAAAAAGAUGAAAAAAUUAUCUUAUUAAUAUUAUAUAAUUCUUGGUUCUUAUAUCAUUAUAUAUAUAUCAUAUAUUUAAAUACUAUCAAAUUAAAAAAUUUUUUAUCAUAUAAACAAAAUAUAAAUGAACAAUGUCUUACAUCCGCUAAACAAACUAUUUUAAAUAUUAACUUUUUUUCCGAGCUCUUAGAUGAAAAUGAUUGUCAACAUUUUUAA